GCGCAAUCGCCCGGAACAUGGCUGCCACCGGCCCCCAACCUUUGGGAUAUGAGAUUGAAAAUGACAACUCGGAAUAUUUCUGAAAGAGAAAUACCCUGUGGUAUAGAAAUGGAAGGAUUCACAAAGGAAGCUCCCUGUUUGUCCAUUUUAGGUGGUGGUUGGGACUGUGAGAACCAGGAGGGACACUUGAGGCAAUCAGCUUUAACUCUGCAGAAACCAGGGCCUCAGGAAGCAAUUUGUGAAUAUCCUAGUUUUGGGGAGCAUUUGUUUGCAAGCUCAGACCUUCCACCAUCUCAGAGAGUUCUUGCAACAAAUGGUUUCCAUGCACAUGACUCAAAUGUUAGUGGUCUGGAUCGUGACUCCGCCUUACACAGCUGUCCCAAAAGUUAUGCAGCUAAGAGAACUAGUGACAGCGAUGCCUGUGGAAAAGCCUUCAACCAUUCCAUGGAAUUUACUCAUGGAAGAAAUUCAAUGAGAGAGAAACCCUACAAAUACCCUGAAAGUGUUAAGUCUUUUAAUCAUUUUACCGCUCUUAGUCAUCAGAAAAUAAUGAAAAGAGGCAAGAAACUGUAUGAAGGUAAGGAUUUUGAGGACAUCUUUACCCUGAGCUCAUCACGUAAUGAAAACCAGAGGAGUCUCCCAGGAGAGAAACAAUAUAAAUGUACUGAAUGUGGCAAAUGCUUCAAACGGAACUCUUCUCUUGUUUUGCAUCACCGAACUCAUACUGGAGAGAAGCCUUACACUUGUAAUGAGUGUGGAAAGUCGUUCUCCAAGAACUACAACCUGAUUGUACAUCAAAGGAUCCACACAGGAGAAAAGCCCUAUAAAUGCAGUAAAUGUGGGAAAGCUUUCAGUGAUGGGUCAGCUCUGACACAGCACCAGAGAAUUCACACAGGUGAGAAACCUUAUGAAUGCCUAGAAUGUGGAAAAACCUUCAACCGAAAUUCAUCCCUAAUUUUGCACCAAAGAACUCAUACAGGGGAAAAACCGUAUAGAUGUAACGAGUGUGGAAAACCCUUCACUGACAUCUCCCACCUUACAGUGCAUCUCCGAAUCCACACCGGUGAGAAGCCCUAUGAGUGUAGCAAAUGUGGAAAGGCUUUCCGGGACGGCUCGUACCUCACCCAGCAUGAAAGGACUCAUACUGGAGAAAAGCCCUUUGAGUGUGCAGAGUGUGGGAAAUCCUUCAACAGAAACUCUCAUCUCAUUGUGCAUCAAAAGAUCCAUUCUGGGGAGAAACCCUAUGAAUGUAAAGAAUGUGGGAAGACUUUCAUUGAGAGUGCAUACCUGAUCAGGCACCAGAGGAUUCAUACUGGCGAGAAGCCCUAUGGCUGCAACCAGUGUCAGAAACUUUUCAGGAACAUUGCUGGCCUCAUCAGGCACCAGAGGACUCAUACUGGUGAGAAGCCUUAUGAGUGUAAUCAGUGUGGCAAAGCCUUCAGGGACAGCUCCUGUCUGACCAAGCACCAGAGAAUUCACACUAAGGAGACCCCAUAUCAGUGUCCAGAAUGUGGGAAGUCCUUCAAGCAGAACUCUCACCUGGCAGUACAUCAGAGACUGCAUAGCAGAGAAGGUCCCAGCCAGUGUCCUCAGUGUGGAAAAACGUUCCAAAAGAGCUCCUCCCUUGUCCGACAUCAACGAGCACACCUGGGAGAGCAACCCAUGGAAACAUAAUGAUUGGGGGCCACAUGAUUCUUCCAGUUUGUUUUCACACCUGUGUUUAGGAGGCGUGUCUUAGAUCUGACUCCUCUCUGGUCAGUAGAAAAGAAUCCUUAAAGCUAUUCAGUGAAUUGAUGAAUGUGAGACAUUGCUGAACCACAGUGUUAAGUCUGCUCAUUGGAGAACUUGGGAGGCAACUUAGGAUGAUAGUAAAUGCAGAAUAGUUAUUGGGGAUAAUUCAGCCUAUACCAGAGAUGACAAUACAUACACUGGAAUGAAACCUGCAAACCAUGAACGUGACACUAACUUAGGAUAUUCACUCACCUCCACAUCAGAAUGCUUAGCUAGAGAGAGCCUGUGAAUGCAUUCAGAAUAUGAUUGAUAUGAGGACCUCUGUAGUAGGGAGUUUCCACCUUAUUGUACAUAAGCAGACUUUCAAUGAAUCAACUUUUUUUUUUUUUGAGAUGGAGUCUUGAGCUGUGCCCAGGCUGAAGUG